AUGUCAAACCAACAGCCUGAUUUUUUUAUUCCUUCACCUAGGGGAGAAAUUUUACGACGCCCUUUCAAUAGAUCGCGUGGUGACGCUGGAAUUGUAGACGCGGUUGCUCACGCGGCAUAUAAUGAGAAGAAAUGGGUUUGGGUAAAGGAUAAAUCUGAAGGAUAUAUCUCCGGGUACAUCACGAAUGACUUGAAUGAUUCGCAAAUUGAAGUUCGAUUAAAUGACGAUACGACACGAAUUAUUGACGUUAAUGAGACGGAAAAAAUGAAUCCACCAAAAUUUGAUAAAGUAGAAGAUAUGGCUGAUUUGACACACUUAAAUGAGGCUUCGGUCAUCCAUAAUUUAAGACAACGUUACCAUUCGAAUCUAAUAUAUACAUAUUCUGGACUUUUCCUUGUGGCAAUCAAUCCGUAUCAAAAAUUACCUAUUUACUCUGAACAAGUUAUUAACUCAUAUAAACAUAAAAGACGAGCAGAGAUGCCUCCUCAUAUUUAUGCUAUAUCAGAUGCUGCGUAUAAUGAUAUGUUGCGUCAUCGAGAGAACCAGUCAUUAUUAAUAACGGGUGAAUCAGGCGCUGGUAAAACUGAAAACACCAAAAAAGUGAUACAGUAUCUCACCUCAAUAGCUAGUGACGUCUCAAAUAAAGAGCAAUUUGGACGACUUGAACAACAAAUUCUUCAGGCUAAUCCGAUAUUGGAAGCAUUUGGAAAUGCACAAACUAUACGAAAUAAUAAUUCAUCUCGUUUUGGCAAAUUCAUUAGAAUUGAAUUUAAUUCAGCUGGUUAUAUCGCUGGCGCAAAUAUCGAGCGAUAUUUAUUGGAGAAAUCUCGUAUCACUAAUCAAACCGAAAAUGAACGGAAUUAUCAUAUAUUUUAUCAAUUAAUGAAAGGUGCACCUAAUGAAAUUAAAGAAAAAUUUUAUUUGGAUGGUACCUUAAAUGAUUAUAAUUACACGAAAAAUUCAAAAAAAGAUAUCGAUGGAGUUGACGAUGCGCAAGAAUUCAAUGAACUUGUUAAAGCGAUGAAUAUAGUUGGGCUAGAAAAGGAAGAACAAAACGAUCUAUUUCGGAUUGUAGCUGCAGUCAUGCAUCUUGGUAAUAUUGUAGUAACAGCGGAUCGUGAUGAACAGGCACAAAUUCAAACAACUGUUUUGGUAGAAAAAGUUUGUGAUAUACUUGGGAUUAAAGUCACGGAUUUCCUUAAGGGAUUAUUGACACCAAAAGUCAAAGCAGGUAGAGAAUGGGUUCUACAAGCAAGAAAUAAGCAGCAAGUGCUAUAUUCAAUUGAUGCGUUAGCAAAAGCAUUAUAUGAAAGGAGUUUUCGUGCACUGGUUGACCGAAUUAAUAGUGCUAUUGAUCAUCCAUCUAAUAAAUCGACUUUUAUUGGUGUAUUGGAUAUAGCCGGAUUCGAGAUUUUUAAGACCAAUAGCUUUGAACAGUUACUGAUCAAUUAUACGAAUGAGAAACUUCAACAAUUUUUCAAUCAUCACAUGUUUAUUCUUGAACAAGAAGAGUAUAAAAUGGAAAAUAUUGAUUGGAAGUUUAUUGAUUUUGGUCUUGAUUUACAAUUAACCAUCGAUUUAAUUGAGAAAUCAAACCCUGUUGGCAUUCUAUCUUGUAUCGACGAGGAAUGUGUCAUGCCAAAAGCCUCCGAUAAAACAUUCAUUCAGAAACUUGAUCAAAUCUGGCGAGACAAAUCGCCCAAAUACGAAACAAGUCGAUUUCAACAAGGUUUCAUUCUUCAUCAUUACGCGGGAAAGGUCGAAUAUCGAACUUUGGGAUGGCUGGAUAAAAAUAAAGAUCCCAUUAACGAGAAUGUUCAACUGCAAGUUACUCGACCACACUUUGUUCGUUGUAUUCUGCCAAAUGAAGAGAAAAAAUCUUUUAAAAUUAAUACACCUCUUGUUCUUGCACAGCUGCGUUGUAACGGUGUGUUGGAGGGGAUACGAAUUUGUCGUGCUGGAUUCCCUAAUCGAUUACAAUUCAGGGAAUUUCGUCAACGUUAUGAAAUUUUAUUGUCGCGUUUAAAUGAAGACAAUAACUCUAUGACAAUGGAUGAUCACGAAUUAACAAAGAAAAUAUUAAGCAAAUAUAAUUUCGAUGAGACGCAAUUUCGAAUUGGGAAUAGUAAAGUUUUCUUUCGCGCUGGUGUAUUGGCAGAACUUGAAGAAAUAAGAGAUGCAAAGUUAUCGCAGAUAUUCACAGGACUACAAGCGCAUUGUCGUGGAUUAUUAGCGCGUCGUAAACAUAAACAACUAGUCAAUCAACUUGAUUCGAUAGUUUUAAUACAAAAAAAUAUAAGGAUUUGGCUUGAGAUAAGAAAAUGGUCUUGGUGGAAAUUAUAUUCAAAGACCAAACCAUUAUUGAAUGUCACGCGAAUGGAUAAAGAAUUAAAGAAAAAAGAUGAUUAUAUUUGUGAAUUGGAACAAAAAUUAAUUUCUCAAUCCGCUAAACUUGAAUCACUAAUAAAACAACAAGAUCAACAGUCAAAGUUCACUGACGCAGCAAUCAUAAACGCAGCUAAAGAAAAAGAACAUUAUGAUAAAAUCGAACUCGCUAAUGAAAAUCUAAGAAAAGAAGUCGAGGAGUUGAAGGCGAAAUUAGAAUUAGAGAUCAACUCUAAACAAGAGGAAAUGGCAAAUCGCACUAGAAUUGAAGCUGAAUUUAAAGAAUUACAAAUUAAAUAUGAAGCUGAGAUUAUUAAAUCCUCCAAGUAUGCUCAAUCAUUGAACUCGUAUAAGUCGAAAACUGAUGGAACGAUUGCGAAACUUGAAAAUUUUGAACUUGAGCGAUUAAAAGCAGAAAAAACUGAAGAAUAUCUAAAAGUUCAUAUCAAGGAACUCGAAGAAGCAUUAUCAGACGCAAUCAAUGAUCGUAAAAGUGCUGAGGAAAAGAUUAAAUCUUUGGAGGCGGAAAUAGUUGAAAUGGAAUCUAAAAUGGAUGAUGAAGCGAUGGAAAUGGCUGAUUUGUCACUUAUUAAACGACGCUUACAAGAAGAUAUUGAUGAGGAACGUGAUCGAUAUAAAAAAGACUUGGAGGAACGUGAAUUGGCCUUGGAACAAACUAGAAAAAAAUAUCACAAAGAGCUAACAAGAUUAACUAAUGAAAUUGAGUUGGAAAGAGCGAACUCGAUAAAAUUGCAUAAAGAAAAUAAAGAUCUAUUAUCGGAAAACGAAGAAAUUCGGACUCAAAUCGAAGAAAUUACCUCGUCAAGCUUAGUAAAUUGGAAACGUGAACGAGAAAAAUAUGAAACAAAAAUUAUUGAACUUUCACAACUCUAUAAUGAAACAAAAAAUGGACAGGACGAAUUGCAAAUACAAAUUAAUAGCUUAAAAUUAGCACUCGAUGAAUCUGAAUCUCAAAAAUUCCUGCUGGAGAAACAGAAAAGAAAUUUAGAGGAACGACUUGAAGAUAUUGGCGAACAAUAUCAGUGUGAAAAUCAAAAUAAACAAGCAGCUGAGAACAGUAUAAAUGUAUUAGAUACAGAAUUAAACGAAUUACGUCAGUUAUUGGAAGAAUAUCAAGACAAAGAAAUUGUAUUGAAUGAAAAAUUACGAAAAUCAGAGUUAAAUGUUGCUGAAGUUCAGGCGGAACUUGCCAAAGAAAGAGAAGAUAAUCAAGAUUUAAUAAAAUCAAAGAUUACGUUAGAAAAACAAAUAAAAGAAUUAAAUCUUAAAAUUUUGGAAUUGGAAAAUAAAUCAAUAACUUCUCCCCGCGGAAUAAAACGAUUGGAACAACGUCUUGAGGAAAUGAAUACACAACUGGAGACUGAAACACGAGAAAAGAACGAAGCACAUCGUCAGCUGCGUAAAAAUGAUCGUACUAUUCGAGAACUUCAAUAUCAAUUAUCAGAACGUGAUAAAUUGAAAACUCGAUUAGAAGAGGAAAUUUCUAAAUAUGAUCAAAAAGUUUCGAGAAUGCGGCAAGCCAUUGAAGAACUUCAAAAUUCCGAGAGUUCAUUACAAUUGAGUAAGCGACGAAUCGAACGAGAAGCAAAUGAAGCUCGAGAAAGAUCAUUAAGAUUGGAACGCGAAAUGGAAAAAAUGAAGUCACGUUUAGAUCGAACUACUUUAUAUACCGAUUAA